AUGCUUCCUUUAUUAGCAAUUCGGAAGAAUAUCGCUUUCAAACCUAUCCGCAACAAUAAAAUUGCGGGUAUGAAUACCGAUAAAGGUGAUUGCAGUGUCCAGAUUGGCACAAAGUAUUGGAACUUCCAAUCUCUUUUCGAAAACCACAAGGUUAUCAAGACAACAGUCAAAGAAUGGGAAUAUUAUAUUAGCCCAAGAAAACCACUUGCAAAGGAUCAAAUUCCAGAGCAAUGCCAUCAUGAUAUUGAUUUACGUGCUGUUGCUUUCAAUCCAACUACAAAACAAUGCUAUAAUAUUGCUUAUUCCACAGAUUUUGAUUAUAACGUCGAGAAUACUUCCAAUCUCGAUCAAGGACUUAUUUAUUAUGCUGAUGGCCAACCAGCUAAAGAAGCCGAGAACGACUACCAGCUCUUCGAUGUUGCCCACUCCUUACGCUGCGACAAGUCUCAAACAGGCGAUGUAGAACCAACCGUAACAACCCAUGAUACAGGAUCCCGCCACAUGAUCUUCAUCGAAUGGUCACAUGCUGAGGGCUGCGCACAAGACAGAUCAGACAUCCCACCAGAGCCACCGAAAGACCCAGACUGCAAGUUCCAGUCCAUUCUUGAUAACUUCACAUCAAGCUACAUGGGUAUCGAUGUUGAUUUCUCCACACUUAACAAUGGCCCAGUUGGUAUCCGCUCCUACUUCCUUUACAAUGGUGAGAAGUACCUCCAUUACUACACACCAUGCGGCCACUCCAUCCCACCAUUCAAUGCCAAGUUAGCUGACUCCGGCGUUAAGUACUCAUCCUCCUGGGUAUGCAAUAUCUCUAAUUCAGCCAUCGAUACAUGCUGGACAUACGGUGAAGAGAAGGAACAGCCAGACUACAAACUUCCAACCGUCGAAACAGACGGCCUUGUCCAUACACUUGAAGUCCACGCCAACGGUGUUGACAGACAGACACAGGUCAAGUGGGAAUGCCAACAAUCCUACCCAGCUGGCUACGUUGAGAUGCCACUUAUUGCUGAAAAGUUCGAUGCCACCACACUCUGGUUAUCUGUUGACAACAACGAUAUCUGCCUUAAGGAAAUACCAAAACCAAUUCCACCAUCUGGCGAAUUCUGCCGCAUUACACAGUCACAGUAUAACUCACAGGGCCAAGAGUUCAAGAUUGAUCUCAACCUCCAGUACAUGAACAAGGGCAAGGAAGGCAUUGUCAUCACAGACUCCACAAUUUCUCCACCACUUCCACCACAGAAGAAGACACUCAUGGUCCAGCCAUGCGCCGGCAUCAAGUGCCCAACAUCUACAACAGGCAAUCCAUACCACUGUGAUGGUGAUGAGUUCGCCACAGUUUGGGUUUGCGAUCCAGAUACAGGCGCUCUUGGUUCCGAGUUCACAUGCGAUGCCUUUGGUCUCUUCGAUCCAGAAGUUGCUCCAACAGCCACCCUCAUUGACGGAUCAGUUACCAAUGGUGUCAAGGUCACAUACAAGGGCUCAUUACACCGUUCUACAGAACUCUACAUCACAUGCAACAAAUCUCUCCUUUCCAACGAUCUCAAGAUUGAUCCACGCGCCAAGCAAGACGGCAACGUUCUCAAGAUCAACGCACAGUCAAAGAACGCAUGCUACUCCGGUCCAGACGGUGCAGCAACCCCAACACCAAAACCAUUAGCCGAACCAAGGAUUCCAAAGAAGGGCAAGACCCCAACACCAACACCAAAUCCAAGACCAGACAACGACCUCUUCUUUGAGAACGGCACUCACUUCGUCUACAUCGAUCUCGAGCGUGUCACAGACGAGACAUACAACGGCGAAGGCACUCUUGUCAUCAGAGGCGACACAAACGAUGUAACAACACAGUACACACCAUGGCGUAAGACACAGUGCCCAGCAGGCAACACAUGCACUGACGGACCAAACACAACAGCAAACAUGUGGACAUGCUGGAAACUCAAUGACAUCAAGAGAUCAACAUACUGCCACAACGCUGGUGAUAUCGCUAUGGGUGUUCAGUUGGUUGAUGCUGGCAACGGCCUCGCCAUGCUCAGAUACGAAGGUGGUUAUGGAACAGGUGUCGAUAUCAGACUCAAAUGCUCUAUCGGCCAUAACAUCACUUCACUUACAAAUCUUGAACCAUUUGUCACAUACCACGAAGGUACACAAGGCGCUGAGUUUGAGUACACCACAAUUACAGAACUUGCCUGCUGGUCCAAGUUUGUCCAGCCAAUGAUUCCAAAGAGGAUCACACCAAAGCCAGAUCCAAUUGCAUACAACAAGACAUGGAAGUCAGAGAAGAUUAACGAGACACAGUACAAGAUCAACCUCAACGACAUUCCAUCACACGACCAGAUUGUCUACAUCGGUAACUCCGACACCUUCUCCAAGGUCAGAAUCUUCUUCUCCGCUGUCAAACUCACCAAGUGCCCUAAGGGAUACAACUGCAACAAGCUCACAAACGCUACAGAGGCUCACUCAUGGCUCUGCUUCUCAGACGAGUCAAAUGAGAAUGUCUGCUUCGAAGCUGGUGAUGCUAGAUACGGCCUCGAGUACGCCAUCAACGAUCCAUCCGAUGCUUCUAAGGGCUUCCACGUAGAGUACGACGGUGGCUUGGGCAACUACGAGACAUGGCUCCACUUCUGGUGCAACACAUCAGUUCCAGCCGGAGAGAUGUACUGGCAUCCAGUCUCUAAGAUGUUCGGAAGCUCGUACAAGAUCAUCCUCGAGACAGAAUCCCGCCUCGGCUGCCCAAUUGGUACUAAGUUCCCAGGAACAACAACUGGCGGCGCUGUCUUCUUGCUCAUUGUAUUCCUUGGCGUAUUCUUAUACGUCUUCGUAAUGGUUGCUUACAACUUCUUCGCAAAGGGAGAAGUAGCAUUCCCGAACGCUGCAUUCUGGGCAGAGUUCUUCAACUGCGUCACCGCUGCUUGUGUAUUCAUCUUCACUUGCGGUAAGGGUGCUUCUAUUGCUAAUUCCUCUUACGACAAGAUCUAA